GGAGAGGCAGCACCAGAUGAAGUCUUAGACCACACGAACUUCCCCAAGUGAGAAGCCAAGAAGACUCGGGGAAAGUUUCCUCUUAAAUUUCCUGGGGAGAGAUUCAGGUAUAGAAAUACCCUUCCUGCCACCUACGGGAAGCAGAGGAAACCACUGACAGCUUCAAGACCAGGCCCGCCAUGUGCACCCCCAGCCUGUGCAACCUGGAGGAGAUCCCCCUUGAGGAGGACGACACGAAGAGCAUGGAAUUCCAGAUCCUGGAGCACUAUGCCAAGCACCAUGUCUUCAAGAUCAUGGCUGCUGUGUCCUCACCAAAGCCGCUGAGAACAAGAAGUCUGUCCCAGAAAGUACUGGGGAGUUGGUCAGCAAAUGAGUCGUGGACACAGGUGUCGUGGCCUUGCAGAGGUUCCCGAUCUAGCGAGAAGCCCAUAAACCUUGCCAAGAAAAAGUCAUCUUGGAGAACACUCUUCGAAGGGACAGAGACAGGGGCAGGUUCACAGAGCUCAACGACAGAGACCCAAGCCAAGAGUCGAAGGCGGGUGGAACUUCAGGGGUCUCAUCACACUCAGCAACGGGCUAAGUCCUCUUCUAACGUGGAAGAGUGCAUAGAGACCGAAGCUGUGGACCCCAAAGUCGCUUCCAUUGCCAACCGAGUUGCUGAAAUUGUUUAUUCCUGGCCACCUCCAGAAGAGCACACCCUGGGAAGAAGCUUCAAGUCCAAGAGGAGUUUGGAACCGCAGGCCCUCUUGCACUCGCAGGGCCCAAGCUUCCAGCCUAGGCCGGCAAGUGCUAAAAAAGAUGCAGAAGACCAAAUAAUAGCCAAAAUCGUCGAGCUGCUGAAAUACUCAGGGGAUCAGAUGGAGAUAGAGCUGAAGAAGGACAAGACCUUGAUGAACAGCUUCCGGGACGGCCUGACCUACCCCGUUUUCAAGACCAUCACAGACCAAUUCCUCAGGGGGAUAGAUACCAGGGGAGAAUCAGAGGUCAAAGCUCAGGGCUUCAAGGCUGCUCUGGCAAUAGACGUCACAGCCAAGCUCACCGCCAUUGACAACCACCCCAUGAACAAGGUGCUAGGCUUUGGAACCAAGUACCUGAAAGAUCACUUUUCACCUUGGAUCCAGCAGCAUGGUGGAUGGGAAAAAGUGCUUGGGGUAUCACAUGAAGAAGUAGACUGAAACAUCAGAAGACGUGUAAUCUGGAAUACUCAUCAGCCAACUGUGGGCCUGGGUACAUCGCUCUCAGCAGAAACUCCGGGAGAAAAUAAGCUUGUGCAAGGCAGAUGGAGCACUGACGUCAUCAAAACCGUCAUUCCCCUGAAUCCAGAGGCAUCCGGAGAGGCCUUGGUCGUGUCUAGCUCGUAGACUGCAGUCACAUGGCCAUGCCAUCCGUGUUUUUCAGGCCCUCCACUGAGCGUGUGUGGAGAUCUAGAGAGACUAUUCCUCUCAAACAUUCAGAUCUGAAACCAUCAUCCUGCCUCUGGCAGCCACCUUAGGGAAAGUGUGACACUCGCCGACCUCAUGAGGGCGAGAUGAUAAAUUGCGCAUGUGCC